CAAAAUUUAGGGAUUCUCUUAUACCUUUCUUCUCUCCCGAUACAAUAAGAUCUUUCAUUUCUAACAAUAAUAUGCACCAAUAUAGACGAAAAAAUCCCUUAAUAAAUUUCUAUAUUCACAUGUGCAAAUUGCAAUUCCGAAUUCCAACCCCUUCAUUUUUUUCUGUAGGAUUUGCUCGUGAGAUCCAUGGUGUAACUUGUAACUUAUUGGACAAAACAAGAGUUAAGCAUAAAGUUGAGCCCCAAGUUUUGGUAUUUUUCACCAAUUAGGGACUCAAGUUUUUUUUUUUCACCAAUUGGGUACUGAGACCAAUUUGGAUAGUAAUUAUAAUUUAAUCCCUUUGGUUUAAUUCCCUCACUAGACCCCAAAUCAUAAAUUUCUCUCUUAUACCAAAUUAAGCCACAAACCACCACCACCCCCUCAUCCAACUAGCAGGCAACCACCACCACCAUCCUAUUGUCCGCCACCACAACCAACACCACUGCCCUAUUGUCCGCCACCACAACCACAACCGGCGAGCAAUCUUGGCCGCCCCUAUCCGACCGGCGUCCCUCCACGUGCAACCACCCUCAUCCUCACCCACCUACCCACACUCAUGCUCGCUCACCCUCGCCUGAGAUCUCGCUGGACCUCCAGUCUCAGUCACCACCACACGCCCUUCAACAACCUCACACCAACAACAGCAGAAAACGAACAACCUCAUCAACAAUGGUGGUGGACUGGUGGUUGUUAUUCGAAAUUCUCUCUCACCACCUUCUUCUUUCGUUUGGGUUGCUCAUUGGUUUGGCUUGAGUGCCGCGGAUUUGGUUGUGUUAGAGGUGGACCGUUGGUGGAUUGGUGAGUUGUGUCAUGGUGGGGUUGGAUUUGAUGUUGGAUUGCGGGGUUGUGCUCGGGUUUAGGUUGGGUUUUGGGGUGAUUAACGAUGGUGGUGUUAGGUUUGCUGGAGUGGUGAGGUGAGGUGGAGCUUGGUCGGUGUUGAGUGGAGUGGUGGGCGGUGGUUGUAGCUAGGUGUCUGCUGGUGGUUGUUUUGUGGCAGAUGGUGUUUGUGUGGGUGAGUGUUUGCGUUUGUGGGGAAGAGAGAGAAAGGGGUGAGGGGAGGACUAGAGAAGAGAAUUGAUUAGGGGUGGUUAAGGUUUAAUUGUGGUGAAAAUCAAUCAAAGUACCCAAUUGGUGAAAAAAAAAAACUUGAGUCCCCAAUGGGUGAAAAAUACUAAAACUUGGGGCUCAACUUUAUGCUUAACUCGACAAAACAAUUUCAUUUUAUACCAAACUUUUAUCACAUCAAACAAGAUUUGAUUCCCAUUCAAAUUGUAACACCCUUAUAAAGUAAAAUGAGUCAUUGAGUUUAUAGUUUUUCAAAUAUCCUCCUCCACAAAAAACCGCGUCCCUAUUUCACCAAACCCCACCAUACUUGAUACUUUCGCACAUUCUCUCUCCUCCCUAAAUUGUCUGAUUUUCCCCGGUUUUUCACUUCAAAUUAAAACUCCUAGAAUCUUUCCAAAUAUUCUUCAGCACAAAAUUCAUCGAAUUCUUCACCAAAUUCCUCUACUCUCUCUACUUUUUCUUCCCUGCUGACUGAUCUUUCUCUCUCCUCCAAUCUUGGAGCUGCAUUAAUGGCGGAUCCAACUCCUUUUUUGACCCAUGAUACUACUGAUCAAAACCCAGUAUCAGAUUCAUCAUCACUUUCUGAAAACCCCCAUCUUUGUAUCACCAUUAAAGAUCUUGGGUCUGAAAAUCCCCAAAUUGACCCACAAAACCCCUUUGAGUUUCUGGGUGUUGAUGGGUUUUGUGUUCCAACUUCAACUACUGCUGAUCCUUUCAGAAAUCAUACCCUUAAAAUUUCUGGGUUUUAUGAGUGGGUUAAGAUUCUAAUUUGUAUACCUAUUGCUGCAAUUCGAUUGGUGAUUUUUGGGUUGACUUUGUUAGUUGGGUAUGUUGUUACUUUGAUUGCAAUUCAUGGGUGGAAAGAUAAGCAUAAUCCUAUGCCUAGAUGGCGCUCUAAUCUUAUGUGGGUUACUCGUUUAUGUGCUCGUUGUAUACUCUUCUCUUUUGGCUACCAGUGGAUAAAACGGAAAGGCCGGCCAGCACCGAGAGAGGUGGCUCCAAUUGUUGUUUCAAACCAUGUAUCAUACAUUGACCCAAUCUUCUUUUUCUAUGAGUUGUUCCCCACAAUUGUUGCAUCUGAUUCCCAUGAUUCAAUGCCCUUAGUUGGGACUAUUAUCAGAGCUAUGCAGGUUAUAUAUGUAAAUAGGUUCUCAUCUUCAUCAAGGAAAAAUGCUGUUAAUGAGAUAAAGAGAAAGGCUUCCUGCAAGAGAUUUCCUCGUGUUCUAUUAUUUCCGGAGGGAACCACCACCAACGGGAAAUUCCUUCUUUCUUUCCAAAUGGGAGCAUUCAUACCUAAUAAGCCAAUCCAGCCUGUCAUUGUCCGUUAUCCUCAUGUACAUUUUGAUCAAUCUUGGGGCAAUAUUUCCUUGGCAAGGCUGAUGUUUCGAAUGUUCACUCAGUUUCACAAUUACAUGGAGGUGGAGUACCUUCCAGUUAUACGACCUAUGCAGAGUCAAAAAGAAAAUGUGUCCCUUUUUGCCGAAAGGACUGCCCAUGCUAUGGCCACUUCUUUAAAUCUUGUGCAAACAUCUUAUACCUACGGGGACAUGCUGCUUCUGAUGAAAGCAGUUGAACUGAAACAGGAAAAUCCUUCAAGAUAUAUGGUUGAAUUGGGUCAUAUAAAUUCAUCAUAUCGCAUUAACACUAUGGAGGCUUUGGAAUUCUUGGAGAAGUUUAUAUCCAUGAAUCCUGAUGACAGUGGCAGUGUACAGAUUGAGGAUUUCUUAAGAGCUUUGAGAUUAAAGCCUUGUGGUUUGUCUGAGAAGAUUUUUUCAUUUGUUGAUAUUGAGAAGAUGGGAAAGAUUACUUUCAAGCAGUUUUUAUUGGCAUCAAACCAUAUCAUGAAACAACCAUUAUUUCAACGUGCCUGUGAAUUUUCUUUUGUCAAAUGUGGUGAUGGGAUCCAGGAUCACAUAUUGAAUAAAGAGUUUGGAGAUGCGAUUCGACUGAGUAUUCCAGAUGCCAAUGAGCAUGAUGUGAAGGAACUUUUCAAUAUGUUCGACAUGGAUAGAGAUGGAAAAAUUCAGAAGCACGAGUUUCUGGGUUGCUUAAGAAGAAAUCCACUUCUUAUUGCCCUCUUUUCACCUCUUCUUCAAGUUGAGUUUGCGCAAACUAGCAAUGGGCUUUUAGAGGAGAUGGUUUGAAAUUUUCAUUGGCAUUUUCGGUGGAUUGAUUGCAUGAUUGGUGUGCCGUUAUUUUUCUUAUUCUUCUCUUCCUCUGGAGAGUGGGUUGGGAAUGGCAGAUGGAUCUGGAAAUUUUUGCAACUUCAGAUCCUUCAUGUAGCUUAGUUCAUGGUUCUUUGUAAAACCAAUCUGGGGGAAAUUUUUUGUGUCACAAGAUUUAUUAGUAUAGGAAAAAAAAAUACUAUGAUAGUGUGAUGUAGUCAUGGUUUCAUGACAAAAGGCAGUGCUUUUUUGAUAUACAUAUAUUGUUUGGUAUA